UAUCGAUAAGUAUAAAAAUGAUCGGAAGACAUACAAAAUAAAUCAAAAAUUAUACAAAGAUAAACUUCAAACAAAAAAUUCAUCAACUCAGAAGAAAUGGCAAAAACAGUUGCAAAGCUCAUAUUUAUCCCUUCACCUGGAAUUGGUCAUAUCAAUUCCACAAUUCAGAUCGCCAAACUGCUUCUGAAGCGUGAUCAACGUCUUUCAAUAACCGUUUUUGUUAUCAAACCGCCUCCUGGAUCGGCUAUCACCAAUCACACGAAAUCGUUAACUAACAAAGCUUUGGGCCGCAUACACUUUGUUGAACUCCCUCAAGAUGAAGUUCUACCAAAACCUGACCCUGAAGCUCCCAUGACUUUCAUCAACCAAUUCAUCAAAUACCAUUGCAAGUAUGUUAGAAACUUUGUGAAAGACAUGAUGAAUCAAUCAAGUAAUUGUCAAGUCGUUGGGUUUGUUAUCGAUAUGUUCUGUGUCAGCAUGAUGGAUGUGGCUAAUGAGUUUAAUGUUCCAACCUAUGUAUAUUUUACUUCUAAUGCUGCUUUUCUUGGAUACAAAUUGCAUCUCCAAAGUCUUUUUGAUACCAAAAACCUGGACAUUUUCGAGCUGAGCAACUCAGACAGCCAGAUACGUGUUCCGAGCUUUGUCAAGUUGGUUCCCACAAAGGUCUUUCCUGCUGUGUACCAAACACAAGAAGGGUUGGACUUUCUUGUAUAUUGUAUUCGGAAAUUUAGAGAGACGAAAGCAAUCAUUGUUAAUACUUUCUUGGAGUUGGAGACACAUGCGAUUGAGUCGUUGUCUUCUGACAUUAGCUUCCCUCCGGUGUACGCGGUGGGACCUGUACUCAACCUAGAUGGUAUUUCUGGGGAAGUUCAAGACGAAGAUGUUAUGAAUUGGCUAGAUAGUCAGCCACCUUCUUCGGUAGUGUUCUUGUGUUUUGGAAGCAUUGGAAGUUUUGAUGAGAUUCAAGUGAAGGAGAUAGCGCGGGCUUUAGAGCAGAGUGGUCAACGUUUCGUGUGGUCCCUUCGUCGACCUUCUCAACCAGGGAAUGCAUUGGAAGCCACCAACGAUUAUGAAAAUCCACGAGUAGUAUUGCCAGAAGGAUUCCUAGAUCGCAUUGCUGGAGUAGGAAAGGUGAUUGGGUGGGCUCCACAGGUGGCGAUAUUAGCUCAUCCGGCAGUAGGAGGAUUUGUGUCCCAUUGUGGGUGGAACUCGAUGUUGGAAAGUAUAUGGUUUGGUGUACCAACAGCAACAUGGCCAAUGUACGCCGAGCAACAGAUGAAUGCAUUUGAAAUGGUGGUGGAGUUGGGAUUAGCCGUGGAGAUUAAACUGGAUUACAAGAAAGAUGUAUUUAAUCCGAAUCGUGAAGUGACCAUUGUCACAGCAGAGGAGAUACAGAACGGGAUACAACGACUAAUGGAGGACAGCAAGAUCAGAGCAAAUGUGAAAGAGAUAAGCAAAAUGAGUAGGGAGACGGUGACUCAGGGUGGUUCGUCUUAUGCUUCCAUUGGCUGCCUCAUUCAGGAUUUCAUGAGCAACCAAAAUGCUUUAUGAAGGUUUCUGAAUUUUAACAUCAAAGCAAGCUUUGAUAGCACUAUGUACUCUAUAACUUUGCCUAGUACACAGUUCUUAUAUAUGGAGUAUUUGAUAACUCAUUUUACUA